AUGCCUAAGAUAAUAUUGUUAUUCAGUGGGAAAAGGAAAUCUGGAAAAGAUUUUCUGACUGAUCACUUGCAGAAAGUGUUAAAUGAUAAAUGUGAAAUCAUUAAAAUAUCCCAUCCAAUUAAGAGUUAUUGGGCAAAGGAAAAUAAUUUGAAUUUAGAUGAGCUUUUAAGUGCCAGUAAAUACAAGGAGCAGUAUCGCUUGGACAUGUUAAAGUGGAGCGAUGAGAUGAGGGGCAAAGAUUAUGGUUGUUUUUGCCGAGCAGCGUGCCAAAAUGCUGCUGACAAUACAGUAUGGAUUGUCAGUGAUAUAAGGCGUAAAACUGAUAUGAAAUGGUUUAAAGAAAAUUAUGGCCCACUUCUUAAAACUAUAAGAAUUACAGCAGACGAAGAAACAAGAAAAGAACGGGGUUUUGAUUUUCAAGCAGGCAUAGACGAUGUGGCAUCGGAAUGUGAUUUGGACGAUUAUACAGAUUGGGAUCUUGUUAUAGACAAUGGAAGAAAUAGACAGAAAUUAGAAGAUCAGAUAGAUUCAAUUUUAGCACUCUUAACUUAUGGCAUAUAA